UGCAAUUGUCCCGAUUAUUAUCUAAACUUGAGACGGUUCACCAUCACCACCCGCGGAGCUGGCUUACAGUCCAAAGAGAGCGAUGGUGGAGCUGAGGCACUCGAGCUCGCUUGGAGCUCGAGCCUCUUCCUCCCCAAUGAAGCGUGACGAGGACGCCUCCCCUCUCAUCCACGGUAGCACUCACGACGACGAUCACCGCCAUCAAUUUUCCAGAGAUCGUGACCGUCCCUUUUGUUCUUUUCUCAGUGACGAUCCUAGGGUUUUUUCUCCCCUAAACUCCAAGAUCUCCUUAAUCUUGAUUUCUAUCUUUGUUAUUGUGGGAUUAAUCUCCGCUUUCUCCAUCUUUAAUCGAUUGAAUGCUCCAUACCUGUGUAAGAAAGAUGGCAUUGUUCUUCAUUGUCCGCAUGUAAAGGAAGCCCCUUCACUCUGGGAAAACCCAGUCUCCGCCACAACCUCUUGGAAGCCUUGUGCUGAGCGCCGCGAUGAUGGGAUAUCAGAUCUGCCUCCUGAAAAUGAAACAAAUGGUUAUAUAUUUAUCCAUGCAGAGGGUGGUUUGAAUCAGCAAAGGAUUGCUAUAUGCAAUGCUGUAGCAGUGGCCAAAAUAAUGAAUGCCACCCUUAUUUUGCCUGUUCUGAAGCAGGAUCAGAUUUGGAAAGACCAAACGAAAUUUGAAGACAUUUUUGAUGUUGAUCAUUUCAUUGACUAUUUAAAGAAUGAUGUACGGAUUGUUCGUGAUAUACCCGAGUGGUUUACUGACAAAUCAGAGUUAUUCACAAGCAUAAGACGAACAGUGAAAAACAUUCCAAAAUACGCACCUGCUCAAUUCUACAUAGACAAUGUACUGCCUCGAAUCAAGGAAAAGAAGAUAAUGGCCCUAAAGCCUUUUGUUGAUCGGCUCGGAUAUGAUAAUGUUCCUCCAGAAAUCAACAGGCUAAGGUGCAGGGUGAAUUAUCAUGCUCUGAAAUUUCUUCCUGAGAUAGAGGAGAUGUCUGAUUUAUUGGUAUCAAGGAUGCGAAACCGCACAGGAAUUUCAAAUCCAUUUAUGGCUCUUCAUCUUAGAUUUGAAAAGGGGAUGGUAGGUCUAUCAUUCUGUGAUUUUGUGGGGACAAGGGAUGAGAAAGAUAGAAUGGCAGAAUAUAGAAAGAAAGAGUGGCCUCGACGGUAUAAGAAUGGUUCCCAUCUAUGGCAACUGGCCCUGCAAAAACGGAAGGAAGGACGGUGCCCUCUUGAACCCGAGGAAGUAGCUGUGAUUCUUCGGGCUAUGGGAUAUCCUAAGGAAACUCAGAUUUAUGUAGCUUCUGGCCAGGUUUAUGGUGGACAAAACCGAAUAGCUCCACUAAAGAACAUGUUCCCAAGCCUGGUAACAAAGGAAGAGCUGGCAACCAAAGAAGAGUUGGAUGGAUUCAGGAAGCAUGUGACAAGCUUGGCAGCCCUUGACUUCCUGGUUUGCCUCAAGUCUGAUGUGUUUGUGAUGACCCAUGGAGGCAACUUUGCUAAAUUGAUUAUUGGGGCCCGUAGAUACAUGGGUCAUCGUCAUAAAUCCAUAAAACCAGACAAGGGGCUAAUGUCCAAAUCUUUUGGAGACCCGUACAUGGGCUGGGCGACUUUUGUAGAGGAUGUGGUUGUCACUCACCAGACACGAACUGGAUUGCCAGAGGAGACUUUCCCUAAUUAUGACCUCUGGGAAAACCCUCUGACUCCUUGUAUGUGUAGAGCCUGACUGCGUAUCGUUUUGGAUGCAUCACGGAGAGUUCAUUUUCAGGAGCAUGUCCUGAAAGAGCCAAAACCAAGCGGCUUAAAGGUAAGAAUAUGGGAAGAACUAGAGGAAUAUGAUCUGCACAAAUAGGUGCUGGCUAGCUGUACCAGGAAUCGGGCAUGUGGUUGGAUGACUCAAGCCUUUUUGCAGGCACUCAGCAGUUUAGUCUCCAGGACAAAAAAGAUGAGCAGGUGUGCCAAAGACUGGAGACAUUUUUUUCUUUUCUUUUUGGUCUAUUUAUUUAUUGUAAUUGCAAGUUAAAAUUUGUAAGUUGAUAGCUAAUGCUUAUGGAAAUAUCGAAGGAAAUAGAGAAGACAAGGUACUGGUA